ACCCUCAUAUAAGAUUAAAUACCGGGAAGAGACGCUUUUCGAGAGAUUCGCAGAUCAACGUGAUAUAAUAGCUCGAGCUCGAAUUCGAAUUCGAAUUCCUUUCUUCUUCUACGUUCUACGAUUGUUUUUUUUUUCUGGCUGUUUGAUUUUCCUGGGAAAUUUUAGAAACCUAGAGAUGCAAGGGUGGUUUUCGAUGAGCGGAGAUCAGCAGCAAACGGGGACGUCUCUCCUCGCCGAUUGGAAUUCAUACGCUGCAUCGCAAGAUGCUGAUGCCGGAGGAGGCGGAAGCUUCGGGUUCGAUAUCGAAUCCGCCGUUAGAUCUGCCAACGACACUGUUUCCGGCACAUUCAGUGUGGUUUCAAAAGGAGUUAGAGAUCUACCCGGGAAUCUGCAGUCGGCGACCAGCAGUAUGUCUUCGGGAAAAGCUCUGAUGUAUUUUGGUCUAUUUCUUGCAACCGGUGUAUUCUUCAUCUUCAUUGCUUUUACAAUGUUCCUUCCGGUCAUGGUGAUUAUGCCUCAGAAAUUCGCAAUCUGUUUCACCCUCGGAUGCGGAUUCAUUAUCGGAUCCUUCUUUGCUCUCCGUGGCCCACAGAAUCAGCUUUCACAUAUGUCAUCAAAAGAGAGACUUCCUUUAACCCUAGGUUUCAUUGGCACAAUGGUUGGUACCAUAUAUGUCUCAAUGGUCCUCCAUAGCUACAUCCUCUCCGUGCUCUUCUCUGUGUUGCAGGUUCUAGCACUGGGUUACUACUGUAUUUCCUACUUCCCGGGCGGAUCAUCCAGCAUGAAGUUUCUUAGUUCCGCCCUCACGUCUUCCGUGCUAAGGGUUUUCGGGAGAUGAGCUUACGAGAAAAGACGUAUUAAAGAUCUUGUCCUUGAUCAUGUUAGAAAGAAAAAUGCUUGAUGAUGAUGUUUGCUGCAGUUUCUCUGUGAUGUUCCUUUAGCAACAGAAGAAGAUGGAAAUGGGAUCAGUUUUGUUAUAA